AUGCCAGUCCCCGCCCGCGGCUCCACCGCCCGUGGCCCCGCCGCCCGUGGCUCCACCCCGGGCACGGAAUGCCAGCGGUCGCGUUGCGGGGCCGCUGCGCGCACACACGGGACACUCCGUCCGGAACACACAAACACAGUGAUGUCAGAGGCAGCAGGCCGCUCCUCCUCCAUCUCCUCCGUCUCUUCCAUCUCUCUGCUGGAGAUCAAGGCGGAGACUCAUCUCGUCCUCAAAGCUUUCCUCCAAAGGGCCCUUUCCACCCCCCUGAAAGAGAGGCCUGGCACAGUGGGAGGGGCCUACAUAGAUCACAACAAGUACAGUUCCAAGAAACAACCCAAAGCAAAGGAUGGCUGGGAUCCUGCAGCUAAAGCUGUCAGCUCAGCAGAUGAGAAGAAGACCGGAUUCAAGGACUUCAUAAAGCAGCUGCCUCGUCAUAACUCCGCACGCCGUCCUGCCAAAGACCCUAAAGGCUCAUUGGAAAAGGACAAUAAGGCAAAAGUGCCCCAACUCAGGGACCUGGCAGAUGAUGAUGUCAUAUCCCCCUCCUCUACAUCAGAAGACGAUGACAGCGAGAAGAAGCAGCAGAAGAAGCUGAGCCAAAGGAAGAUCAGGAAAAGGAUCUCCAAGUUCUUCAAGUUGAAGUUGGAGAGAGAGAAGGAUAAAGAGGGGCCUGGAUCUCCUUCGAGGCCUCAAACACUGUCCAUCUCUAGAGGAGCAGAACCUGGCCCGGCACCCCUCUCUCCCAACCACCCUCCUGAGUUCUAUAAUGAAGUAGCACAGAGGCUGGAACUGAUCGCCCACAAGUCCACCAGUCUAAAGAAACAGAGCCCCCCAUCCCAGCUGUCACCAGCAGUGUGUGAGAAAGAAGCAGUGGUGCAGCAGCUCGCUCAGUUGCUGUCUUUGGAGGGAGACGCUAUCAACACUAAGAUCGAGGCGGACCCCUUCCUGCGCUCCAGCCUGACGCGUCUCUCCUAUGCGUCAUUCGCCCUGCUUCUAGACACUUUCAGCAGCACUCAGGUGUGUGAGGCUCCAGCCCUGCCCCCCAGGGCCAGUCCAACGCUGCGCCGCAUGGCGGUCACCAUGGAGGUGUCGCGGCGGAUAGUGACAGCCACCGGAGCCCAGCGCAUGCAAGGCUACGCAGAGUGCUACAUGGAGACCUUCGCCCCCUGGGUCAAGAGCCGCGGAGGAUGGGAGAAUGUGGUAGAUUCGGAGGACACUCUAGAGUACGACUGAGCGUCCAGGUGUCUUUUUAUUCCGACCAACCACGGUUCAACACCUAGCUCUGGAUGAUGACAUCCCCACAGGGUCUCACCUGGACCGGGACCAGAUUCCACAGGCCUCUGUGGCUUAUGAUUAACUGACACCAUACAGGUCUUCCACCAGGGGCUAUUGUUUUUACAUGGCCAGAAGAUGAAGAACAUAUUUUGGACUGUAGAUUAUUUUAUUGAGGGGGGGGUUAGACAGGACAAGACAUGCUCUCCUUAAGGACCGUGAGCCACCAACCGAGUCUGUUCGGUGUGUUCCUCUUUUCUGGAAGCAACCCCAUCUCCUGGACAUGGGUUGGAGCCAUUAAUAUGACAUAUCAGGAUGAAAUAUAAUACGCUGACUUAUUACGCUGUCAGCAAUGAGCUCUGCACUGACGUACUAUACACACACCAUGGUAAAGUGUGUGUUUCUUUCAUAUCUGCCCGAGGUUUAGACACGGCAGAUCUCCAGGUUUUCUAUAUGGUUUUAAUUUCCUUUUCAUGAUAUUGUCUGAAACAUUGAAUUCAUCUCUGUAUUGUCUGGCUAUAUUUAUUCCUCAGAUUUUUGAAUGUGGGUUGUGUAUGUUUGUUCAAUUGAUUGAAGAUAAUGAAAAUGUAAAAUAUAUUUUUAAAAGAACUUUUUCAAAAAGGACCUUUGUCUGAUGUCCCAGCUUCCUGAACCCCACCAGUUCCCAUGCAGGUUGACAUAUUUAAAACAAAGCAUCACUCCAUAACAUCCAUAUCCAUAACCGCAUGCUCAAUUUCUCACCUGAAAUGUAUUCAAAGGCCAGUUUUGGUAGCAGGUUUAGCGACAUUUUUAUUUUUAUAUAUUUUAUUUAACAGAGCAAUAAGCUUUGGACUCGACUUUGAAAUCCAAGCGUGCACUAAAAGCCGCCUCAGUCUCAGUACUAUACUAUGAAUAUGAUCUUACUGUUUUUGCUAUAACACAAAAUCGUACAGUAUAAAAAGAGACAGCAUUGCAUAAACUCAUGCUAAAUUUGGACGUUACACAGGGUUUCUGCAUGGUUUUAAAAGUCUAAAUUUUAAGCCUUCAAAAGUCUUCAACCCUCCUGUUGUCCUCGGGUCAAAGUAUGAUCCAUUUUCUAAACGUUUCUAUAUCAGAAAUUUGACUUUCUUUCAACCAAAAUGUCCAAAAGAAUAACGUGGAUGGUUCCAUACGACGCUCUUUACAACUAAAGUAAAUGAUCAGUUCACUACUUUUAUUGCAUUUGGGUGUUUUAUUUAAUUCUACGGCACUUGAAAGAAAAUUGGAUGUUGGAAAAAGUGACAAAAAUGUAAGAAGCUUUAACAAUUUCAGGGAAAAAAACAAAAAGAUUUUUUAAAAGUGCAGAAGAAAAGUGACAAAAACAUUGGGAAAAAGGCAAAAAAAAAACUAGAAAAAAGUGACUAAAAGUGGAAAAAGGGUCAGAAAAUGUUGCAUAGUGGGCGGCAGGACAACACGAGGGUUAAAUCACUAAAUAUUGUGUUCUUAAAUCCUUUCAAACAGGUCUUUAAUUUUCCUUUUUUAUUCCGUGGUGUUGUUUAUGUACAGAUCAUUAUGACUGAAUAUGGCUUAUAUUCAAUUUGAAUAAUUUUAUUAACUUUGCAA